CCCAUACAAAUCCGAACCAAACCCAAAAUACGAAAACGAAGAAAAGACAGAGAUGGCCGUUGCUGCUUUAGCACCAGCCACUCCUUUUCGGUUGCGCCGCUGUUCAACCCUCCGGUUCUUCUCCUCCUAUACCAAAUCAAAUCCUACAAUCCGCCCUAAAAUUCCUCAAACCCUGCUAAAACCCCAUGCUCUCCCGCCAAAAUUCCCGCUGCCCCCACAUUCCAGCCAGCACAAUCCCAGGUCCUUCUGCACCGUGAUUUCCGGAGCUCUGCGUUCCGGUGAGAAGACCAAACUGGAAUCCGUGGAGGACCUGAGAGGCGAAAUGGGGGAUAGAGUUGGGCCCUUCAGGAAGAAGUUGAAGAUUGUUGAUAUAAAGGGUGGACCUGAUGAAGGCUUGGAUCGGGUUGGGCAGACCCUUGUUGUGAUGGGAUGGGUCCGGACACUUCGAGCCCAGAGUAGCGUUACGUUCAUGGAGGUUAAUGAUGGUUCAUGUCUGUCAAACAUGCAAUGUGUAAUGGGUAUGGAAGCAGAAGGUUAUGAUCAGGUAGAAUCUGGUUUGGUGGCAACUGGUGCAUCAAUAUGGGUACAAGGAACUGUUGUGAAGAGCCAAGGAUCAAAACAAAAGGUGGAACUGAAGGUCAACAAAAUUAUUAUGGUUGGCAAGAGCGAUCCUUCAUAUCCCAUCCAAAAGAAAAGGGUCAGCAGAGAAUUUUUGAGAACCAAGGCUCAUCUUCGUCCUAGAACGAAUACAUUUGGUGCGGUUGCAAGGGUGAGGAAUGCUUUGGCCUAUGCUACACACAAGUUUUUUCAAGAAAAUGGGUUUGUAUGGGUCUCAAGUCCUAUUAUAACAGCUUCAGAUUGUGAAGGAGCAGGUGAACAGUUCUGUGUCACUACUUUGAUUCCAGGCUCUCAAGAGGCAGUUGAUUCUCUUGUGGAUGGCAUUCCAAAGACUAAGGAAGGAUUAAUCGAUUGGUCACAGGAUUUUUUUGGCAAACCAGCAUUUUUGACAGUCUCUGGCCAGCUAAAUGCUGAAACAUAUGCUACUGCUCUGUCAGAUGUUUAUACAUUUGGUCCCACAUUUCGAGCAGAAAAUUCUAAUACUUCUAGACACUUGGCCGAAUUUUGGAUGAUUGAACCAGAACUUGCAUUUGCUGAUCUGAAUGAUGACAUGGCCUGUGCAACCGCCUAUCUCCAGUACGUAGUAAGGCAUAUCCUUGAAAAUUGCAAGGAAGACAUGGACUUCUUCAAUAACUGGAUUGAGAAAGGAAUCAUUGACCGACUGAGUGAUGUUGUUGAGAAAGACUUCAUCCAGUUGACUUAUACUGAUGCCAUUGAGCUUCUUCUCAAAACAAAUAAGAAAUUUGAAUUUCCAGUGAAAUGGGGGUGUGAUUUGCAAAGUGAGCAUGAGCGUUAUAUAACUGAAGAGGCAUUUGGUGGAUGCCCCGUCAUAAUAAGAGAUUAUCCAAAGGAGAUCAAGGCAUUUUAUAUGAGGCAAAAUGAUGACGGGAAGACUGUUGCAGCCAUGGAUAUGUUGGUUCCUCGGGUUGGGGAACUUAUCGGUGGAAGUCAAAGAGAAGAACGACUUGAAUAUCUGGAAGAUCGGUUGGACAACUUGAAGCUAAACAAGGACAGCUACUGGUGGUAUCUUGAUCUGCGCCGUUAUGGAUCAGUUCCUCAUGCGGGGUUUGGACUUGGCUUUGAAAGACUGGUACAAUUUGCAACUGGAAUAGAAAAUAUAAGGGAUGCUAUACCUUUCCCUAGGGCACCUGGUUCUGCUGAAUUUUGAUGGCAAAAUUUGUCAGAUGCGACAUGGUUCUUUUUCUCCUCCUUUCUGGAGUUUUACCCCUCUUCUCCUUCUGAUAAUAAUUCCUUUUCCUCUGCCUUGAGCUUUGAAAUUAAUUGUCAUAAGAACCAAUUAGGUAAAGCAUUGUUCCGAGAGAUUUGACUGCCUUUAUUGGGCAUGGGUGGCGGAUUCUUAUUAUUGUGUAAAUUUUUACGAUGACUGUAAAUUCAUGUUAUUUAUUGUUCUUGAUUUUAUUGUA